CUGCCUGGUCACACUGAAUUAGCCGCUUACACAAGAAACGAAUUUGUUGACUUUUUUUAAUUUUUUAAUUUCUUUGCUAGAAAGUUGAAUAAGAACUAGUGUGAAAAUGCCGUUUAUGAAAGGACGUGAACCCAUACGCCGUACUUUAAAGUAUCUAAAUGCUGGCAAACUAGUUCUCAAGGAUAAAGUGCGGAUAUUCAGUGUAAAUUAUAACACAUACGGCGAACAUCAUGCGGGAGCCAGAGAGUUUGUGUUCUGGAAUAUACCACAAGUGCAGUUCAAGAAUCCUCAGGUUCAGGUGCUAACGCUUAAGAAUAUGACACCAUCGCCAUUUGUGAGAUGUUACUUUGAGGAUGGACGAGAUAUGCUCAUCGAUAUUGAUGGCAAGGGACAUGACGACAUUAUAGAUCAUCUGGUCAAGGUGGUGGGUAAGACGAGAGAACAAUUGGAUGCUGAGGCGCGUCUGGCCGAGAGUAAGGAUAAUCCAGCUAAUUUUGGCUAUGGUUGUGAUCGGCAUUGCAUCUGUGAGAUACCUGGACAGAUUGCUUGCCCUGGAACGGUGCCACUGCCCGAAAAAAUGCGAGGCAAAUUUCUAUUUGCACCCAAAUAGAUAAAAAAAACCAAAUUAAACAAUUUUUUGGUUUCGUUA